UCGAGCUGCUCGGCGGCGCGGCAGCGGCUCUGCUUAGCGACAAGGCUGCGCUGUGGCCACCACAACACUCCGAGGGCUGGGCCCGCUGCCCGCUGGUUCCAGAGGAUGCGGCUGCUCGGCAGACGCCACCUGCCCUUCCGCCUGGCCCUCCUGGGCUGUACCUUCGUGCUCUUCAUCUUCGUCCUGCAGAGGGAUGUGAGCAGCAGGGAGCAGCCCGUGGAGAAGCCCUGGCUGAAUUCCUUGGUGAACCAGAAGAAUCACCUGCUGGACCUCAUGCAGGGCGCCGUGAACAACCUGCGGGAAGGGAAGCCCAAGCUCCAGAUCCGGGCUCCGGAGCCCCAGGCGCUGCUCGUCUCUGCGAACCACUCCUGCGUGCCCGGCUUCUACAGCCCCGAAGAUCUGAAACCCCUGUUGGCACGGCCCCCCCAGGACCCCGACAGCCCGGGGGCCGACGGGAAAGCGUUUCACAAGGCCAGGUGGACCCCCCAGGAGACCGAGGAGAAGGACAAGGGCUAUAAGAAACACUGCUUCAACGCCUUCGCCAGCGACCGCAUCUCCCUGCACAGGGCCCUGGGGCCAGACACACGGCCCCCGGAAUGUGUCAAACAGAAGUUCCGCCGCUGCCCCCCGCUGCCCACCACCAGCGUCAUCAUCGUGUUCCACAACGAGGCCUGGUCCACGCUGCUGCGGACCGUGUACAGCGUGCUGCACACCGCCCCGGCCAGCCUGCUGCGCGAGGUCAUCCUGGUGGACGACGCCAGCACCGAGGAGUACCUCAAGGAGCCGCUGGAGCAGUACGUGAAGCCGCUGAAGGUGGUGCGGGUGUUGCGGCAGGAGGAGCGCAAGGGCUUGAUCACCGCCCGGCUGCUGGGGGCCAGCGUGGCGCAGGCCGAGGUGCUCACCUUCCUGGACGCGCACUGUGAAUGCUUCCAUGGCUGGCUGGAGCCCCUCCUGGCUCGCAUCGCUGAGGAUGAGACGGCAGUGGUGAGCCCGGACAUCGUCAACAUCAACCUUAACACGUUCCAGUUCUCCUGGCCUGUCCCGGGGGGCAAAGUCCACAGCCGUGGCAACUUUGACUGGAGCUUGACCUUCGGCUGGGAGAUUCUACCUCCGCACGAGACUCAGAGGCGCAAAGAUGAGACCUACCCCAUCAAAUCCCCGACGUUCGCCGGUGGCCUCUUCUCCAUCUCCAAGUCCUACUUUGAACACAUCGGUACCUAUGAUAAUCAGAUGGAGAUCUGGGGAGGGGAGAACGUGGAAAUGUCCUUCCGGGUCUGGCAGUGUGGGGGUCAGCUGGAAAUCAUCCCUUGCUCCGUGGUUGGACACGUGUUCCGGACCAAGAGCCCCCACACCUUCCCCAAGGGCGUCAGCGUCAUCGCGCGGAACCAGGUGCGCCUGGCUGAGGUGUGGAUGGACGACUACAAGGACAUUUUCUACCGGAGAAACCAGCAAGCAGAGAAGAUGGCCAGAGAGAAAUCCUUCGGCGACAUCUCGGAGCGCCUGCAGCUGAGGGAGAGGCUCCACUGCCGUAACUUUUCCUGGUAUCUGAGCAACGUCUACCCUGAGAUCUUUGUUCCCGACCUGACACCCACCUUCUUCGGAUCAAUCAGGAACCUGAAAAUUAACCAGUGCCUCGACGUGGGGGAGAACAACAAGGGGGAGAAGCCCCUCAUCAUGUACCCCUGCCAUGGCCUCGGCGGCAACCAGUACUUUGAGUACACGACCAAGAGGGAACUCCGCCACAACAUCGCGAAACAGCUGUGUCUACACGUCAGCGCGGGCACCCUGCGCCUUCACAACUGUCACUUCACUGGCAAAAACAGCCACGUGCCCAAGGCCGAGGAAUGGGAACUGACCCAGGACCAACUCUUCAGGAACUCCGGAUCUGGUACCUGCCUGACAUCUGAGAACCAAACUCCAGCCAUGGCCCACUGCAACCCCAGCGACCCGCACCAGCACUGGGUCUUCUACUAGUCCCGACCUGCUAGCUUCCAGGCAGCCUUAGAGUUGGACCCCCCAGGUCAUGGCUGUUUAGACAGGACCGCCCUGCUCCCCGAGCAGCACUGGACCCUCUCUCUGACGCCCACAUGGAUGGACAGAGGGACCAUCGGGACAGGGGCUGCCUGUUCUGGAGCUUCCCUUCCAUUGGAGAAGAGGAAACUUCUCAGCACACUGGCCACUGGGGCAAGGCCUAGGGCUACCAUAGUGGACUCAGGGAAACCCCCCCCCCACACACACACCAAAGCCCGACCUGAACCCCUCCCUCUGCACAGCGUUUCCCGACCCUUUCCCGCCAUGGCCCCUUCCCACCUUGGUUCCUUCCUGUGGCCCCUUGUCCCACUGAUUGCAGUCUGCCUCAUGCCCUGGUCCUCCAUGAGCACGAUUUUCACCUGUAGCUCCUUGGAGUAAUACCCUGGGGGGGUUCCAUGUGGCCCCCAGUUGAGAACUGCUGCUCGGUAGCACCCGCAGAACCUGAAGUGCUGUUAGAAGUCACCCUGUUAGAAGUGACAUGUUCUAACAGGGGGAUUGGGGGCCUGCGUGUCCCUGGCGGGUGUCGCCUGAACAUUCUAGACCUUUUCCACUUACAGAAGCUCUCUAAAAGGAACCCAUCAUUUUCGCCGCCUCUACACAAUGACAGAAUCUCUUCUUAUAGAUAAGAAAGCGGAGGUGGGGCAGGGGGCGGUAUACGAGGCUGGAGCCUGGGCUUUGCGUGGGCUAGCUCUGGGCUCAGUCCCCCGCCCCCAAGCACCAAGCCAGCUCCACUGGGUAGAACCCAAAAACCAAAAAGGAGGAGGGAGAGACAGAGAGGGGUCAAGGGGCUUGCCCGCUGUCCCGCAGCUGGUGAGCUGAGCAGAGCCGGGCACCUUCUGCUACCCUGGAGAGCGGCCACCAGUCCUCCCUGCCUCGCUGCCCUCCACUCUGAUCCUUUCUGGCUGCUGGUCUCCAUUAAGCCUCGAACCAUGGGGCCGGGGAGCUAUGAAGGAGACCACACUGGGGGUCCUAAAACAUUAGAGAGGGAACUCAUGGACAGGCCGGGAGAUAGCACAGGAACACUUGCCUUUUUCUUUUAAAUUUUUUAAAUUUUAUUGAAUCUCCGUGAGAUAGUUACAGACUUUCAUGUUUGGGUUACAAUCUCACAACGAUCAAACACCCAUCCCUGCACCAGUGCACAUUCCCCAUCACCAGUAUCCCGGGUAUACCCCCCUUUCCCACCCUCCCCCUGCCUCUAAGGCAGACAAUAUUCCCCAUACUCUCUCUCUACUUUUGGGCAUUAUAGCUUGCAACACAGACACUGAGAGGUCAACCUGUUUGGACCAUUAUCUACUUUCGGCAUGCAUCUCCCAUCCCGACUGAUUCCUCCAGCCAUCAUUUUCUUAGUGAUCCCUUCUCUAAUCCAUCUGCCUUCUCCCCUCUGCUCAUGAAGCAGGCUCUCAGCUAUGGGGCAAUCCCCCUGGCCCUUGUAUCUAUCGUCCUUGGCACACUUGCCUUAUAUGCAGCUGCAGCUGUGACCCAGGUUCAAACCCCAGCACCACACGUGAACACUGCCAGGGGUCACUGCUGAGCACCCAGCCAGAGCACCUCGGGGUGUGUCCCAAACCCCCAUCCCCUCCAAACAAAAAUUUUUGUUUGUUUGUUUUAAUUUUAAGCCACACCCUAGAGUGCUUACUCCUUGCUCUGAACUCAGGGAUCACUCCUGGUGGUGCUGGGAGGGACUGAACCGGAUGGGCCACGUGCAAGGCAAAGGCCCUGCCCACUGUACAAUCACUCCAUCACCCAUCAUAUAUUUUGAAAAUAAAAAAUAAAGGAAGCGCCUGGA